AUGGUGUGCUAUGGCUGCUAUGGCGUGCCUGUGGCGUGCCGUAAAUCCGGUGACCAUAUAGACGCCUUGAGAUGUUUUGAGCGUAGGUGGUAUCAAGAAGAGGGUUUGGGGGUCUUAUCUUCCUUGGCUCCUGAUGAGCGGCCGAGACCACUGGGUGGGCUGGUGCUUGAGAGCGAUGCGAAGCACGUGGCACCCAGGCGAAAGGUUUUGUUCCUCCGUGAUCUUUUUGUGGAAAGCUGUGCGGUCACUCAUGAAUUUGAUGCUGCAGCUGAUGAGGAGGCGUCCACUGGCACUGACUCUGGGGACGAAGCAUCCUUGAAGGCGCUGCUGCAGAAGGAGCGCCAGCUGUCCAAGCAAAAGGACGCGCAAAUUCAAAAAUUGGAGGCGCGAGUGAAAGACUUGGAAGCUGACCUUGAAAAAGCGCAGCUGAAGGUGGCUGUGAAGGAGCGCCAGGAUGGUGAAGUGGCGCGAGCUCAACAAGAGCUAUUGGAUGAGCUGAAGAAGCGCAAAGCCGUCCAAUACGAGCUGAUUAGCAGCAGCCAACAACUGCUGGAACUGCGGGACAAGGUCUACCAGCAGGCAGUUUGCAAAGCGAUCACUUCAAAGUUGUUCAACCCUUUGUGCUGUCAAGAUGUCUCCAACACUUGGAAAGAGGGCGUCGCUUGGCCUGAUCAAGGGUCAGCGAGGGAGACAGCUAUGAAAAGGCCCUUGGUGAAGGGAUCCAGUGUCUUGAGUGGAGAUGAUGUUCUGGGAGGACCUGUCACGAUGGACAUCGAUGGACUAUGCGCACUCAAGUGCACCAUCAGCGGUGACGCGGCGUUAGUGCCCCCUGUUUCAUUUGCCAUCGGUUCGAGCCAUUUGAUUUCCACGUUGCUCAUUUGCCUGCUGACCUACGUUUUUCUCCUGAUUUCAUUCUUGACAGUGCCCGAUACUGACGGGGGAUCUUAUUUGACGUACUGCGCGAAACUUCAACAGCUGAGUGGCCAAUCAACAGUUGCUUGGCACGACAAUUUGGUGAGACCAAUCUGCGGAGUGGGCUUCCGGAUUCAGACUGGCCCGGUCUCACCAGUGACAGACAAUUUUUAUUCUUUUUGCGAUUGGACGGAUAUUCAACUUUUGGAUCAACAGACACCCAAUACCCUCAGGUCACUCUGCGGACUUGGCUCCCGUUUUUAUCUGUCUGGCCAGACCGGAGGGGUGCAAUUGGAAAUUACAGAGCAAGGCGUGGACGGCCUGACUGCCUGUUCCGACAUCUUUUUUUCCUGGGCAAUUUUGGAUCAACGGAUACCCAUUACCCUUCGGUCACACUGCGGACUUGGCUCCCGUUUUUAUCUGACUGGCCAGACCGGAGGGGUGCAAUUGGAUACAACAGUGCAAGGCGUGGACGGCCUGACUGACUGUUCCGAUAUCAUUUUUUCCUGGGAAUUUUUGGAUCAACAGCUACCCAUUACCCUCCGGUCACACUGCGGACUUGGCUCCCGAUUGUAUCUGACUGGCCAGACCGGAGGGGUGCCAUUGGCUACAAUAGUACAAGGCGAGGAAGGCCUGCUUGACUGUCCAGAUAUCACGCUCCUCAGUGCCAACACUUCAAUACAAGGUCUGGAUCCUUGCAGGCUUGCGGGUGACAUUCAAUUUUUUUUUUCAGAGGGAGUGAGCUUCCCGAACUGCUUCUCACUGGCCCUUCAGAGAUCACCAGUUUUGAUAGCAGAAAGGAGACAAACAACCCUUCUUGCCGACAAAACGGUGGACUACCUGCUGGCCCCCAUCAGAUUUUUUUGUGCUGGCGUUUGUACAUUCAUUCAGAUUUUGGGAGUGGGCUUCCCAGAGAAUUUUUCACUGGCCCUUGCAGAAGAAAGAUUGAUCAGUUCCGUCAUAGAUCUUGCAGACAUUGCCAACCUUUGUUUUAAUUUUGGGGGUUGCAUCUCUUCCAUGGGGGAUGCUGAAACGUCAAACAGAUGGAACCUCCUGAUGAACACCAUACCAGACGUGAAGCCACAUGGACCGCGGCCACCAUUGUGCGGUACCGCACCAGAUGCGCUGUGCCCUAAAAAAGCCUCACCAGUAGUAAAACGCAGCCUUCACAGAGCCCAAAAGCGGGCGUUCAGCCACGGCAUGACAUGGUAUAAGGGACGUUGCCUGACACCAAAUGAUUUCAUCAAGAUGGGAAUGGCGCCACUCUCGCAUGCAGGAACUGUUGGAAAGCCAAAAGAUAUUAGGACAUGUCACAGCUCCAACAAACCCAAGAGACGUCUAACCUGCUUUCAUUGGAACGGAGGUGGCCUUGCCUCCCACACCUUAGAUGAGAUCAAAAAUUGGCUCAGUUUGCAACAGAUUGACAUUGCUGUCUUGACGGAAACCCGAUGGUCAUUCCAAUCCAGUUGGAGCGACCAUACCUGGCACCAUGUACAUAGCGCUGACACAGAACACCGUGGCUCUGGAGUGCUGAUCUUGAUCUCAAAAUCCCUGUGCUCCGACCGUGACAUCAGAUGGAACGAGAUCAUUCCAGGACGCAUUCUCCACAUCAGACUCAUGCAUGGGUUGCGCAACAUUGACAUCCUAGGCUGCUACCAGCAUGUGUUCCGCAAAGACCCUGAUCAAUUGAAGCGACGUGAACAGUUUUGGAGCAAGUUGGAAAAACAACUCAGCCUGUUGCCAUCACGCAACACGGUGGCUGUUUUAGGAGACUUUAACUGCAGUUUGCAAGCAUCAGGCGGUAUCUGCGGCACCGGCCAAUACCAAUGGAACCAAAGCCUGCAAUCUGGAGCUUGCCAUUCAGACAGCAACAGAUUCAUGCAGGUCUUGAGGGCAGGAGGACUUGUCGCUCUAAAUACAUGGGAUCACAAACUAGGCCCUACGUAUAUUCACCAGCAUAGCUCCAGCCGGAUUGACUAUGCCUGCACCCGUAGCCAGUUUGCUGAUGGCCAAGCCAAAGAUGUUCACUACCUGUGGACCGCCCCGUUUCUUUCACCUGGACACCAGGGACAUGUCCCCAUUGUUUGCACAUUGGCUCGAUAUUGGAUCCCGCCACAACACUCCAGAUUUGGCCUGACCCCAAACCAGAAGGAACGAGGACGCCUAGCCAAGCUUGCUGCUGGCCCAGACUGGCAUACCUUCCUGACUGCCACUGCAGAGCCGGUUUGGCACCAGUUUCAAAGCGUGCUGACCUCAGGUUUUUCUGAACUGCAUGCCAUUCAUGAGACUGCCAUUGAACAUUUUGCACAAGCUUUUCCUGCCAUUAGCACUGUAACCAAACCUGAACCGUGGCAAAACAAUCCAUAUGUUUUGAACAAAUGGCAACACAGACGGUUAGCCACCACCCUCACAACACAUGGUUUGCACAGUUUCUUCAGAGGAUGGUUUCACAUUGCGCCUUUUCAGUGCCUUAAACGGGCUCAUCGAAGGCAUGCUGCACUGCUCAGAAGACAGAAAUUUGAGGAGAUUUUGCAACUUGCCAACACUGCUGCCAUGCAACAUGACACCAGAAAGCUGUUUGAUAUCAUCCACAGGUUUUCCCCCAAGGUACCGAGAAGAAAAAUGCAGUUGAGAAAUGAAUUGGGAACCUUGAUGACAAUUUCAGAAGAACGUAGUGAGCUGACCAGGUUUGUUGAAAAAACCUGGGCUGGCACACCCAUGCCGGCAACUGUCAGUGCUGCUCCACCAGGAGUACCCUUCACACUGAGUGCCCUGACCGCGGCGAUUCGACGCAUCCCCACUGGGAAAGCACUUAUUCCCAAACCGAAUCAGCCACCCACUCGACCUGAACAAUUGAGGCCGUUGGCCCUGCAAUGCCCACUAGGUAAGGCGGUGUUUGGAUUGCUCAUUCAGGUUGCUGCUGAGCAGGUCGAUGUUGAAUUUCGAAAGAACCGCUCGCCAAAGUUGCUGCACACUGCAGAGCGGUGCGCCACCUACUACAAGCCCAAAAAUCCACCCCGCAUUCUAGAGCUGCCCAUGAACCCAAAUACUCUUGCUGCGAGCGUUGCAAUUUCAGUGAACACUGGCCUAAGACAGGGCUGUAAAGGCGCCCCGUUCUUAUGGAACUGCCUGACCAUCCUUCUGUUGCAUGAACUUCAGGGCAAAGUUACAGCAUGUUGGAUCCGUGAACACCUGACAGCCUAUGCUGACGACCUACACAUAGGAGGCACUUUCCAAAGCUGCAUGGAACUUCAAACCUUGAUUGAAAGCAUUGGGGUACUUUUUUCCUUGCUUGAAGAAUUUGACCUGAAGCUCAAUCCACAGAAGUCUGUUGCAAUCCUUGCCAUGACGGGCUCCAUGAGCCGCAAGACACGUGCAAAGCACAUCCUGUGUGACAAACGCGGUGAGCUGCUCAGAAUCCCGGUAGAUGACAAGGUGACCCUGGUGCCCAUCAAAAAGACCACAGUCUAUCUGGGCUGCAUCAUGGGCUAUCAACACUUUGAGAACCUUACCACCUGGCAUCGAGUUAGGCUUGCACAGAUUGGAUUUGCCAGAAUGCGCAAGUGGCUCUGCAACCGUUUUUUCUCCAGACAGCGCCGGCUCAGAUUGUGGCAAACAUGUAUCAUGCCUGUCAUGACUUAUGGAGUUUUUGCUGUUGGCAUCACCCCCAAGGGAUGUAAACAUAUGCUUGUACAACUUGGCAAAAUGCUACGUUCCAUCGCAGGAGAUCAUGCUUUCCAUACAGGUAACACAAAUGCACAGGUUUUUCAUUCAUCUGCACUUCCAAACCCGGCCGACCUUUUGAUUGCUGCCGUUGACACUUUGCAGCGGUCCAUCACCCAGAGAAUUCCAACGCUGCAAGAGGAUGAUUGUGCCAAAUUGUUGAAUUGGGACCUCCUUCCCACCUAUGCACCCAUGAUUUUAAUGGCCCAGGCAGAUCACGCAAACCGUUGUGCUGAGACUGCACUCUCAGGCGUGGUAACAGGGGACAACAGCCUGUAUCAAUGUGCACUGUGCAACUUUCGCACCGAUCAUUUGCCAGCGUUUAGAAGCCAUUGCACGACCUCACAUGCCCAGAGAAUGUACAGGACACAUGAUUUGCCGCUACAUACACAUGCCACAGAUGGAUUGCCUACAUGUAAAUUCUGUCAUCAGUUUUUUCAUUCAUGGCGCAGUUUUAGACACCACAUGGAGCGCGGCUGCCAGGCCAUUAUCCAGGGACCACCUGACUGCACUGGCACUCCAUACAAGAUGGCCAUGUCCACAGGCACUUUGCCUACGAGACCCAUGGCACAGACACCAGGCCCAGUUACCUUGACAGAUGCUGACCUUGCCCUGUUGCGCAGUAUGCCUUGGUGCGCCAGCGUUUUGCAUUGCAUUGCCACAAACACCAUGCACAAUUUGGAGCACGUUCGGGAGGCUUGCCAAUACCUCUCAUCACGCUGCUUCAUUUGUGGCUUGCAGCUGCCCCGCACGCAGGACCUACACCAUCAUUUCAGAACAGAACACCCAGCCUACUGGGAUAGAGUUCCAACCAAAGCCAUGAUCUUGUCGAACAUCCACAGUUCGGAAUCACCAUGUCCACAUUGCGGUGGCAUUUUCAAGAAACAUCAAUGCCCAUUCUGGACACAGAUUUCAAUCAUGAGCUUGUACGGAGGAAGCCUGGUCCAGCCGACAGAACCAGUGGAGGCCAUACCAGAGUAUCGUUGUGACAUUUGUUUGGAACUUCACCCAGACGCAGCUCAGCUUGCCAGACGCUUGCAAACCAAACACAAGCUAGCUGGCAUGACGUUCAACGUGUCAAGAGACAGUCUAGAUGCCCAGGCUGCAUGCGCACACUGCGGCUCCACCCAUGCCUCGAUGGAGGGACUGCGGUCUCACAUAACGCAGGGCAGAUGCCCGUGCUUCAACCCGGCAGCAGAAGCAGAGACAACACCGGUCUCACAGGACUGGCUUGACAUUUGUUUGCAUGGCAAGAUGCUUGAAUUCUUGCAAUCACCCAUGACACGUUUGCAUUGGACCAUCAGAUGCCAACAAUGUCCGAAGGUGUAUGCUCGUGCUGGAGACCUUGCAAACCACUUGAUGAAUUCUCACUCAAGAUUGUGGAGGCAGGCACAAGGACUCACCUUGAUCCUUGUUGACCUACUGUUUGCACGCCGUGGCUGCACCUGCAACCCCCAGAUUCAUCAACAGAGGCAGAAUCACAUUUGUGUGCCGCUGAGGCAGAUCGCUAUGAUCUACUACAGGCUGCACCAGGAACCAUUCAUGCCGAUCCAAUUGCCAGACACUGUGCUUGAACAUUUGGUACAUCCAUCUUUUUCAGCAGACGUCCAAGCACGCCUGCGCGGUAUUUUUACCAACCGCACAUUCACAGACCUUUGGACAGCCCAGGACGUGCUGCAGAUCCUCAGCAAUGCAUGUACCAUUUGUGGACAAGACCAACAUCCAGGUGAACUUUGCCGGCACCUGCACGAGGCGCACGUAUGUGGUCAUCGUUUUGUUGACUUCUACACAGACACCCUUCUGCAAACGGUCACCAUGACCUUUCAGCAGGAUCACCAAUGUGUGCUGUGUCAACAAGUCUUCAAUUUGCCUGCCAGUUCAGACUCUCAUGAGACAGCUGCACAGCGACAGAGGUUGGUUCAAGCUCAUCUGAAAGGCAAUUGCCCUGGGGACUUGGCUUUGACUGGAUGGGACGAGACAGCGUUUGGGCAGAUCCGAGAACCGUUCCAGUUCCUUGCACCGAUCUUCGACAAGAGCCUCAAACUGCCGCCAAAUCCAAAGCCUGCGAAACACAGAAGAACAGAAGGACAGGGCCAGCAAGUCAAGGACGAUCCAGAUCAGCCAGAACCAAGGCCUCACACCCACCUGAUGCAGUACCUCCAAAUUCUGGGGCAACUGGCAUUACGCCACGAGCAAAGUUUGAGCUUGAUGCAAAGCACAGACUCUUUCAUCCUGUUUUUCCAGCAGGAACAGGGAGGAGCGUUACAGGGUCUCCUCCAGGAGACACAGAAAUGGAAUCAGCAACGCCAGACGAGCACCGGCACGACGCAGACCCCUCUGCGACAGCACCUCUGCCAAUGGCUGUUGACCGAUCUGCUGAACAAGGCCACGAAGGUCUCAGAAGCCCAGAAAGGGGACCAGAUCUUGCAAGCUUGCCUGGAGAAGCGCCUGCUGCUGGAGGACCUGAGCUGGCCCUACCUACGUUGGGACCCUGUGCAGACGGCCCUGGUGAUCGACAAGAAGAAGUCUGUCUCCAUGAAGAAAAUGUUGCAACACCUGGAAGAGCUGAUCCAGGAUUUCAGGGACCCAACGCUUGUGCUGAAAUUCCAAGGUCUUCAAACGAGCUCUUCUCAAUCCACAAUUCCGUGGAAACUCCAACUGAAUCUCAGGACGGACAGACCCUACGAACUGCUGUUGGAGCUCACCCACUCAGCCAUUUGGAUGCUAGUGGGAUCGUCGCUGAAACCACACAAUGCCAAACCGAGCAACCUGGCCAAUCAGCUCCGACACCUGAUGCCCAAGGGCAAAGGGGAAGGCAAAGGGAAGACUCGGAGCAAGGGCAAAGCGAAGAACACGGCAUGACUGAGCACGAGGUGCAGCAUCUAUGCCAGCUGCUUGCAGCCAAAAAACUUGCCAACAGCAGCAACUGGUGUUUUGCCAAUGCUACCAUGUAUUGUCUGUGCUGGACGCUGCUCAGUCUGCAGCCAACAGAGAGUGCCAACUGGGGCAAAC